AUGUGGAGGAAAAUCGAAGGUAUUGACGAAAGUUUCUUCCACGUGACUGAAGAUGUUCACGUUACAGAUAUUGCCAAUCAUUCUAUUUUGCACGAUGGACAUAUUUGGCUUGAGUACAUUGUUGGAGACAAGACAAAGAGGGCACCGAAUCCAAAUAUAGUUGAUGUUGGUGAAAAGAGUGAUGAUGUUGAAGAUGAGGACUCUGUAGGGAUAAGAUUUAGGAACAACGAGGAAGAAAGAGUGAAUGAUGACAACGGAGGCUUUCUGGUUGUGGAGGUUGAUAGACCUGAUGAAGGUAAUAGGGUUGAAAUCUCAGGUAAGAAACUUAGGUACAAGUUAAGAGCUAACAAUGAUGCAUCAACUGUAAGGUCUCCCAAAAAACUCAAGUUGUGUGUUCCUUUAAGGGUCAUUGGUGGCAAACCUAGUUCAUCAAAGGUUUUAGAGCAAGAUGAAAUUAUGAAAGUGAAGAGUUGGGUAGUUGCUGAAUCGGUAAAACAACAAGCAAAAAAUGAGGAACUUGCUGCCAAUGCAAAUGAGGAAGUUGUUGACCCUAUAGUGGACUAUUUUGAUGGUGGAAUUGAUGCACAAGUUAAAGCAUUGGUGGCCUCAGUAGAAGCUGAAUACCAAGAAACUCAGACCAAGUUCUGUUUAACAGGUCCAUUCCAAUGGUUAUUGCCAAUUUCGUAUGACAGUAAAAUGUUUGGUGUGGGUGUAUUUUGGGAAAUUUUACAGUUUGUACAAAAUGCUUAUGGACUGUUGUAUGUAGGUUUUGCAGGAUGGUUUUUCUAUGUAUAUGGCAGCAACAACAUGGCUGUUUUUAUGUUUUGUAGCAAAGUUUUGGACAUCAACGUGCAAAAUUUUUGUUUGGUCAUGAAGAACUUGGUAGCUUGA